AUGCCUCUUGGGCUGGAUGACGAUGAGCUUGAAGCCUCCAUUGGCAUGUACAAAUUGCAACUAAAACAAGGGCCCAAGGCUACACAUUCCCUCCAGGCGCAGGCUUCAGCAAAAGAUUCUCGCCUGCGAUCAGCGACAGGGCCAUCAACUCAACGCGGUUUGUUGCAUGUACGAGGAGAGGAUCAAGUGGAGAAGCAGUUACAGCGGCUCAGCGCCGUCGAAGAAGAGACGUUCAACAGCCACUUUCGUCCGCCUGUAACCAAUUCUACCGCCUCGCCAUGGUCUAAAGGAAACGUCCGCGAUCCGAGAGAAGGGAAAACGAGUACGACAGGCUGCAGUGACGAGAUGCAGCCUCGAAAACUGACCUGCAGCACUUCUCUCCCUCCCUUGGCAUCCCGUCGACUCUACUGUUCCGGGCCAGCCCUCCAAUAUCAGCGGACGCCUGUAAGAAAUCCUUGCCGUCGACGAUUCAGUUACGCAGAUGAGUUUGAGAAGGAGCUGCGAGACAUGGACGUGAAACACGGGUGCAGACCGAAGGCGACAUCUACUAGCAAGUCUUCCCACACUCGGACUCAAUCGGACUUGUCAUCGACAAGUUCAUCGCCGCCACAAAUUCAGAAGAGAGUCUCUUUUUUCUGGAAACUCAAGAAGAAUGUGCAUUCGCAUGGCUCGACUUCUUCCGCUGCAAAUACAGAGGCUGACUUUGAUGCCAAAGAACCUGCCACCAAUACUGAUGUAUCACCACGGCACGCGGGGAAACGGUCUACUCGCUUUGAACGGCUGGUCAAGCAGCUGCAGGGCUGCGGUAGUGACAGUGUUGGUUCCGCUCCUGGCGGCGGGGCUGGUCAACAUCAUCCUGGACAUGGGGAUAGGGAAAGGGAAUCGAGUGGUUGA